AUCGGAGAAGCGACAACACCACAACCGUCGCCAUGCCUACCCGAACUUCGAAGACCCGCAAGCACCGCGGCCACGUUUCCCAUGGAAAGGGUCGUGUAGGCAAGCACCGCAAGCAUCCCGGUGGUCGUGGUCUGGCUGGUGGUCAGCACCACCACCGUACCAACAUGGACAAGUACCAUCCUGGUUACUUCGGUAAGGUUGGUAUGCGAUACUUCCACAAGCAGCAAGCCCACUUCUGGAAGCCCAUCAUCAACCUCGACAAGCUGUGGUCACUCGUCCCCACUGAGACCCGCGAUGCCUACGUCUCCGGCGAGAAGAAGGACACCGUCCCCGUCCUCGACCUUCUCCCUCUCGGCUACUCCAAGCUGCUCGGCAAGGGCCGCAUCCCCGAAAUCCCCCUGGUUGUCCGCGCAAGAUGGGUCAGCAAGCUGGCUGAGCAGAAGAUCAAGGAGGCUGGUGGUGUUGUAGAGCUGGUGGCAUAAAUGCAUUACGCUGUGCUGGAGUAAGGCUUGUGGAUUUGGAACCGGGUUUUUCAAACGGUGGAAAAAUGGAUCUUCGCCCCAUGUAUACCGAGACAAAGGUCUCUGGGGAGGGAUUGGGCUGUUCGGCUACGAGCAUUGCAUCAGGGAACUCUAUAACGGAGUUUUGUUUAACGAAUGAAAAAUCAAAAAUUCGCCCAUGCUCUGGAUACUCGACUUCUGCUGUGCAAAAUGAGUUAAGACUGGUGCGUCGGCAUCAAAAGUCUCUGCGGGAGGGCUGAUGAUACUAAAGUGAUGCGAGGAAAGAGAUUGGGAGGAAUUGUUACAACUAAGAAUCUGGCCUCAGAUUCAGCCAUGGUCUAGCUCGCAGAGUUGAUGUAAUGCUCCAAAACGCCGAUAUCAGCCCCCAUUAUAGCAUACAUGAUCUAGUACAGUACAUGUUAACCCUUGCCUAUCCCUAACUUCCAUUGCUCGUGUCAUCAUGAUAAUCCCCUAUGCAUACGCUCGUAAUUAUUAGGUUAUGCCAAGUCGGUAAUCUUUCAUGCAGGCAGCAUGUCGACCUCGUCUUCAUCAGUGGUUUCAUGAGAAGCUAGUCCUAUGUUUAGAAACUCGUGUUCCAGAGCCUCUUGUGCCGUGAUUCGUCGGCUUGGGUCUAGUUCCAUGCAUCGUUCGAGGAAUCGGAUCGCAAGCUUCUCGUCAGUAGUCAAAGGCUUGUCCUCGGCCCUGCAUGUGCUCCACAAGAUAAUCUUCUCCAUAGUGAAGCCCUGCUGGCCAAUCGUGGGAAUAGUUGUCUCGAAGACACAGCCGUGCAGAAGCCCAGCUGCCUUCAUCCGCCGCGAUCCAAAGAUUGUCGCAAUCUCAAUCAUUGCCUCGACGUCAUCAGCAGAGUUGAAGAAGGGGAACCGCUUUGACAAGAUCGUGAGAAGUAUGACGCCAGCAGACCAGAUGUCGAUUGCCGGGGUUUGCUCCGUACACUUGAACAGCACUUCAGGGGCGCGGAACCCUCGAGUACCCGCACGGUUGGCCCGCCGGGAGGGACGAGUAUCUGAUUUAGGGUAGC